AGGCAUCCCAUUCCCACACUCUCUGCAAUCUUUUGUCUUCCUCUGCGGUGCUAGUCUAGUUCAGCAAGGUGACCAUGGGAACACAAGCUCCUUCACCCCCCGAGGCCUACCACAGCAGCAGCAACAAGACUGAGAAGGAGAAAUCGAUCGAUGACUGGCUCCCCAUCACGUCGUCUAGGAAUGCCAAGUGGUGGUACUCAGCCUUCCACAAUGUCACGGCCAUGGUUGGAGCUGGCGUCCUUAGCUUACCCUACGCCAUGUCUGAACUUGGAUGGGGUCCCGGCAUCGCGGUGCUGAUCCUGUCGUGGAUCAUCACUCUGUACACCCUCUGGCAAAUGGUGGAGAUGCACGAAAUGGUUCCCGGCAAGCGCUUCGAUCGGUACCACGAGCUCGGGCAGCACGCCUUCGGCGACAAGCUCGGCCUCUGGAUCGUGGUGCCCCAGCAGCUGGUCGUCGAGGUCGGGGUCAACAUCGUCUACAUGGUGACCGGCGGCAAGUCCCUCAAGAAGUUCCACGACGUCGUCUGCCCCGACUGCAAAUCCAUCAAGCUCACCUACUUCAUCAUGAUCUUCGCCUCCGUCCACUUGGUCCUCUCUCAGCUCCCCAACUUCAAUUCCAUCUCAGGAGUCUCCCUGGCCGCAGCCGUCAUGUCCCUCAGCUACUCCACCAUUGCCUGGGGAGCCUCGGUGGACAAGGGGAAGCAGGCGAAAGUGGAGUACGGCUACAAAGCUCGGAGCACGGCGGGAACCGUCCUCAACUUCUUCAGCGCGUUGGGGGACGUGGCCUUCGCGUACGCCGGGCACAACGUGGUGCUGGAGAUCCAAGCGACCAUCCCGUCCACCCCCGAGAAGCCGUCCAAGAAGCCCAUGUGGAAGGGCGUCAUCGUCGCGUACAUCGGCGUGGCGCUCUGCUACAUCCCGGUUGCCCUGGUCGGCUACUGGGCCUUCGGCAAUGGCGUCGACGACAACAUCCUCAUCACCCUGGAGAAGCCGCGGUGGCUGAUCGCCAUGGCCAACAUGAUGGUCGUGGUUCACGUCAUCGGGAGCUACCAGAUCUACGCCAUGCCGGUCUUCGACAUGAUAGAAACGGUGCUCGUCAAGAAACUUCAUUUCCCACCGGGUCUAACUCUUCGUCUGAUUGCACGCACGGUUUACGUCGCAUUCACCAUGUUCGUCGCCAUAACAUUCCCCUUCUUCGGAGGACUACUCGGAUUCUUCGGAGGUUUCGCUUUCGCCCCAACCACGUACUUCCUUCCUUGCAUCAUGUGGCUGGCUAUCUACAAGCCCAGAAGGUUCAGCUUAUCUUGGACGACUAACUGGGUAAAAUAUUCACAGAAGAUCUGCAUCCUACUCGGGGUCAUGUUGAUGAUUUUGUCGUCCAUUGGUGGACUAAGGCAGAUCGUUCUUCAAGCAAAGACCUACCGGUUCUACUCGUAGGAUGUAUGUUUUAAAAAUGGAUGCACGACUAUAAUGAGUUUAAAUGUGUAAUGACAUUAAAAAUAGUUUAUAUAAAAUUGAGCUAAA